UCUUGUACAAGAACUGCUUGGGCUUAUCAUGAAUAAAUCAGUUUAUCUACUGCUAAUGCCAUGGACAGAUGUGCACGGUACCCAAUUGCGGUACUUAAUCCUAGAGUCACUGAUUAAAGCGCGUGUCUGCUAAGACUGCAAUAAAUCAAUUUAUAAUUUCGAUGAACUAACCAAAAUUCUUCCACAAGAUGUUAUGGAUUCAGAAUUGUGGGUGUCGUUAACUUGUGAAUUGAUAAUAAAAGCGUUGGACUUUAAGGUUUUUUAAAACUGAGUGAAAUCAGUUAAAGAUAACAGGUCUUAAUUAGUGAGACUUUUUCUUAAAAUAAUACCACAAAAUGGGCAUAGAGAUAAUACGACGAUGCAAAGGAGGCAAACCAGAUGUUAGAAAGGUUUUAAUUCGGAUAAUGUUUGCAAUGGCAACAUGGUUGAGCUGGGCUCAGCCCAACCAGCUUAGCCACCUUACAGUAGCCGCCACAUCUCAAGCACCGGAUAUUGUAUCGGUUUCCCUUCCUGGGGAUAUUGUAUUGGGUGGACUUUUCCCUGUUCACGAAAAAGGCGAAGGAUCAUCACCAUGUGGACCGAAGGUUUACAAUCGUGGAGUUCAACGACUUGAGGCCAUGCUCUAUGCGAUUGAUCGAGUAAACAAUGAUUCAAACUUACUGCCCGGCAUAACGUUAGGUGUACACAUACUGGAUACUUGUUCUCGCGACACCUAUGCCCUGAAUCAGUCACUUGUAUUUGUGCGCGCUUCUCUUAACAAUUUAGAUACAUCCGUGUUUGAGUGCGCUGACGGUUUUAGCCCGCAAUUGAGAAAGAACUCGUCCUCGGGUCCAGUGUUCGGUGUUAUUGGAGGAUCGUACAGUUCAGUAUCCUUGCAGGUAGCGAACCUGUUACGUCUUUUUCAUAUACCGCAAAUAUCACCAGCUUCAACAGCCAAAACAUUAUCUGACAAAUCACGGUUUGAUCUCUUUGCGCGUACUGUGCCGCCAGAUACAUUCCAAUCGGUUGCAUUAGUAGAUAUUAUCAAGAACUUUAACUGGUCUUACGUUUCAACUAUUCAUUCGGAGGGGUCUUAUGGUGAAUACGGCAUCGAAGCCUUCCACAAGGAGGCCACCGAGCGUAAUGUCUGCAUUGCCGUCGCCGAGAAAGUUCCAAGUGCUGCAGACGAUAAGAUUUUUGAUUCCAUCAUAAACAAACUGCAGAAAAAGCCCAAUGCACGUGCUGUCGUCCUAUUUACACGGGCUGAAGACGCCCGACGCAUUCUUCAAGCCGCCAAGCGUGCCAAUCUAUUACAGCCAUUUCACUGGAUUGCUAGUGACGGUUGGGGUAAGCAGCAAAAAUUGCUGGAAGGCUUGGAGGAAAUCGCGGAAGGAGCAAUCACAGUAGAGUUACAGUCUGAGAUAAUUGAAGAUUUCGAUCGAUAUAUGAUGCAGUUAACGCCACGCUCAAACAAGCGCAAUCCCUGGUUCGCCGAAUACUGGGAGGACACCUUUAACUGUGUAUUAUCUCUAAAGCCAAAUGCAAAACCAGCUGAGGCACACAAGUUCUCUCAAGACCAAAAUGUAGAAAAAAAUCUUUGUGAUGAAGCCUUCAGGCUGUCGGAGAAAGUAGGAUACGAGCAGGAAUCAAAAACCCAGUUUGUGGUAGAUGCUGUAUACGCUUUUGCACACGCCCUUCAUAAUCUUUAUAAUGACUUGUGCACGCAAAACGACCAAAACAUUGGUCACCAGAAGCAUGUGCAUAGUGAGUCGGUAUGGUAUCGUAAGCCAGUGAUUAGCCAUUCCCAGGCUUGCCCUGAUAUGGCCAGCUAUGAUGGCAAGGACUUUUACAACAACUAUCUGUUGAAUGUCUCCUUUGUAGAUUUAGCUGGGAGUGAAGUCAAAUUUGACAGACAAGGAGAUGGAUUGGCCAGAUAUGAUAUUUUAAAUUAUCAACGUCUCGAUAACUCAUCUGGAUAUCAGUAUAAGGUGGUUGGAAAGUGGUUCAACAAUCUUGAGCUGAAUCUGGACACAGUAGUGUGGAACAGGGAGAAGGAUAUACCAACGUCAGCAUGCUCUCUCCCAUGCGAAGCAGGAAUGAUAAAAAAACAGCAGGGGGACACAUGCUGUUGGAUAUGUGACAGUUGUGAAACCUACGAGUACGUGUAUGAUGAAUUUACGUGUAGGGACUGCGGGCCGGGAUUUUGGCCUUACCCAGACAAGCUGUCUUGCUUUGCUCUAAACAUACAGUAUAUGAGGUGGAACACACUUUUUGCACUGGUGCCAUUGGCUAUUGCCGUUCUUGGCAUAACGAUGACAAUCGUUGUUAUUGUGUUGUUUGCCAGAAACCACGAUACGCCCUUAGUACGAGCAUCAGGAAGGGAACUUAGCUAUACGCUGCUCUUUGGCAUUUUGGUUUGCUACUGCAACACCUUUGCCCUGAUCGCCAUGCCAACAAUCUGCUCCUGUGUACUUCAGAGGUUUGGCAUUGGCGUCGGAUUUUCGAUUAUCUAUAGUGCACUCCUAACAAAGACCAACCGAAUAUCACGCAUCUUUCAUUCGGCAUCCAAGUCGGCGCAGCGCCUCAAAUAUAUCAGUCCGCAAUCCCAGGUGGUGAUUACAACCUCACUUAUCGCAAUACAAGUUCUAAUCACUAUGAUUUGGAUGAUCGUGGAACCACCAGGGACUCGCUUUUAUUAUCCAGAUCGCACGGAGGUCAUCCUUAAAUGCAAAAUUCAGGAUAUGUCGUUCUUAUUUUCUCAAUUGUACAACAUGGUGUUAAUCACAAUUUGCACUGUUUACGCAAUUAAGACCCGCAAAAUACCUGAAAACUUUAAUGAGUCAAAGUUCAUAGGAUUCACUAUGUACACGACCUGCAUUAUUUGGUUGGCAUUUAUACCCAUAUAUUUCGGCACUGGCAACUCCUAUGAGAUACAAAUCACAACGUUGUGCAUCUCAAUAAGCCUAAGCGCAUCAGUGGCCUUGGUCUGUCUGUAUUCACCAAAGGUCUACAUAUUAGUUUUCCACCCAGACAAAAACGUACGCAAGCUUACGAUGAAUAGCACAGUAUAUCGGCGUUCAGCAACAAAUGCAGCUGGAGCACAUGGAGGCCCUACUAGCUCAGGAUACAAUCGCACACCAAUUGGAGGUAGUGUUUCUGGUGUAGGUGUGUGUCCAACUGGAACCGAAUAUGGUGCGGCAGCAGGAACGGCUACACUGCCUUCAUCGUCUGCACGAAAUAUGACAUCAACUUACAAUGGCAGCUCUAGUACCGCAGACUUGGCUCUGGACCAAACUCGAACCGUUGAUGUACAUAGAAAGAGUGAAGAUUGCUCUGCGAUGCCAGGAACUAACCUAGAAAGCGAUUGUGGUAUUAGCAUUGUAGAUACUCCCUCUAUUCACAACGAUGAUUAGAGGCUAGUGAAGCAAAGCUAGUACAGUAUAUUUAUGUAGUAGAUUGGCAAUUCUGUAAGAAGACAUUACAGAAACUUAGAAAUCAUAGAUAUAUCAAAAGUUAUAUUGUGUCAAAAAUACUAGAGUCAUAAGAAUCCCAACAGCUUGGCUUGUAUACAUAGCUAGGAAUGUAUACAUAUGUAUAAUGUUACAAAUAUAGCAUCACAUCACACCUAUUUUUAUCACAUUCCAUUUUAAUAUAACGUAAUCUGAGCGUUAUCUUUCCGAAAUAUCAACACAAUUUAAUGGUGAUCAAUAACUGUUAAAUAUCUUUCAUAUAUAUAUUCUACACUAUUUCGGGCAUUGCACCCGUCGAAACUACUACAACUCAAUCGCACAAUGUUGAUAUCCUGGUUAGUUACGAUAAUUUUAAUUACUAUCAUCGAUAUUUAUAUGUUAAUAGAUCAAAUAUAUAAACAGUGCGUAUGUAUAUACAUAUCCCUGUAUAAAUUUAACAAACAUGUCCGCAAUUUGUGUUCCUACUUAUAAAAUUGUUAUAUAUAUUAGCAAUAGAAGGUCCCACCUAUGAAUUUUUAGUUAUGUGUUAAAUUAACAUUUUUUGAACCAAAAACAAAAAUAAUUCAAUUAUUUCAUUAGCAUUUCUAGUAAUAUCCAAUUCAGUUAGUUUCAGAAUGAAGGAGAGAAAGCUUACAAUUAUUAUUUAACCCAUUGUUUAACAUCUAAAUGCUUAGUUUAGUAAAACGUUUAAUACUUUUUGAAUAUCAAACAACUCAAAUAAAGACAA